GAACUCCAAACCUAACACCAAAUAGAACUUUGUAAUCAAAUAAUGGAAGAGAGCUUGAAAAUGGAAGUAAUCUCAACAGAGAUCAUAAAGCCAUCAUCUCCCACACCCAGUAAUCUCCAUAAGCUUAGUCUCUCACACUUCGACAAAAUGUAUCCUCUUGUUUACACACACAUGCUACUCUUCUACUCAGCCACUACAGCUCACCCAGUAACACAAGAACUCCAUAUUAAUGGCCUCAAAAAUUCCCUCUCCUACACACUUAGUCAGUUCUACCCUCUCGCGGGUCGAUGCACCGAUGAAUCCACCGUAACAUGCACCGACGAAGGCGUACCCUUUACCGAAACUCAUAUAACAAAUUACCCAAUGUCUGCAAUUGUAAGCUUACCUCAACCCCAUAAGUCUGAGUUGCUGUAUGAGCUUCUCCCACCUCGGCCAAUUGACACGGUGGUACCAUUAAUGAUACAGGUGAAUGUCUUUAGCUGUGGUGGCAUUGUGAUCGGUUACUAUGCGCUUCAUAAGCUUGUUGACGCGGUCUCACUAGCGACUUUCUUUAGGUACUGGGCAUCAGCAUCACAGGUUGCAAGCAAGUGCUCUGCCAACCUGGUGAAGCCUGAUUUUCACGCUGCUGUCGAAGCUUUUCCCCCAAAUCCUAACUCGGUGCAGCCAAUGCCGCUUAAAUCAACUGAUAAUAGUAACAUUUCAGGCCACUGCGGACCAAAUACUUUGGUAAAGAGCUUCACAUUCAGCAACGCUGCUAUAAGUCGGCUUAAGGCGAAGGCUGCUAGCGAGCAGACACCAGGCUCGUACUUCUUCGGGUCUACUCGUUCUUUCUGCUGGGACCCUGGCGGUUCCAGUGUUACAACACUAGCCUUCACCCUUAGCACAGCUGCCAAUAACAGCCUGAAGUGGAGGCCGUGGGAGGAGGCUCUUCAGGCUGCUAUUGCUGCUUCAGCAACAACCUUUGAAAAGAUAACAACUACAACGUUUUAUUUUACCGCUGACAUGCGAUCAAGAGUUACGCCUCCACUUCCCAGAGGAUCAUUGGGUAACUUGGUAGCACCUGGAAAAGCCCAGGGAGAAAAACAAGCUCAGCUCCAAGAACGCGUUGCAGAGAUUCACGCAGCUGUGCUAAGGGUGAAGGCUAGUGUUGUAACACUGGAACCGCCAGGAUCCCAGCAGAAAGAACGAGUAGACCCGAAGAAGUACGAGCCUGGUGUUUACAAGCUUACCAGCUUGUGUAAGAUUGGAUUUCAUGAGGCCGAUUUUGGGUUUGGGAAUCCCAAAUGGAUUAUUUUAACUGAAGGAGUUUUGAGUCCAUCCAACCGCAGGAACGCCACCAUCUUAACUGACCAUUUUGAUGUUACUACUGGUGAUAUUGAUGGAAUUGAAGCAUGGUUGUUUUUAGAAGAGAAAGAGAUGCAUAUUUUACAGUCCAACCCCUCUUUCCUUGCUUUUGCUACUCCAAAUUAUUGAUUAUUACUGAUUCUAGUUAUCCCAUUUCUUUUAUAAUUGUACUGUGUCUAAGGUUGUCACUUUUUGUUGUUCAUGUUUUAAGCACUUGGGAUCAGUGAUUUGGUUUCA